GCCGGAGCUGAAGCAGAUCAGCCGGGUGGAGGCGAUGCGCCUGGGGCCGGGCUGGAGCCACUCGUGCCACGCCAUGCUGUACGCCGCCAACCCCGGGCAGCUCUUUGGCCGCAUCCCCAUGCGCUUCUCGGUGCUGAUGCAGAUGCGCUUCGACGGGCUGCUGGGCUUCCCCGGGGGCUUCGUGGACCGGCGCUUCUGGUCGCUGGAGGACGGACUGAACCGGGUGCUGGGCCUGGGCCUAGGCUGCCUGCGCCUCACCGAGGCCGACUACCUGAGCUCACACCUAACCGAGGGCCCGCACCGCGUCGUGGCGCACCUGUACGCGCGGCAGCUGACGCUGGAGCAGCUGCACGCCGUGGAGAUCAGCGCGGUGCACUCGCGCGACCAUGGCCUGGAGGUGCUGGGCCUCGUGCGCGUCCCACUGUACACACAGAAGGACCGAGUGGGCGGCUUCCCCAACUUCCUGAGCAACGCCUUCAUCAGCACCGCCAAGUACCAGCUCCUCUUCGCCCUCAAGGUGCUCAACAUGAUGCCGGAGGACAAGCUGGCUGAGGCCCUGGCUGCGGCCACGGAGAAGCAGAAGAAGGCCCUGGAGAAGCUGCUCCCGGCUUCCUCCUGAGGUGGUUCCUGUGCCCCGUGUCUGUGCCCCGGGGCCUG